GGGGAGGCCUCACUCAUCACUGCAAUACUGAGCUAGCCAGUGUGUGUUUAGUAGGGUCUGAUCGAGUUUUCCGUCGAGGACUGGUCGAAGCGGUGCACAUUCAGAUUAGGGUAUCACUGCAAUUGUUGCAGGUUUCACAUUGACAAUUGAUCGGAAAUUACCAGGAGAAGAGAAAAUGAGUGAAGCGGAUCAGUACGGGAUGUCUCAAUUCGACCUGAACAACACAGUCGAGCAGAACCCGCAGAUGCAGCAGCAGAUCGUUCCUCCACAAGGGCCCUUUGUGCAGGGAGGCUUGUCAGGUUCGGGCAGCCAGAUUUGCAAUGCUGCUCUCCGUGAGCAGCCCGACCUCAAUCUAAGCCUGUCUAUCGGUGGGCGGAGCAACGGCCUGACUCGUUCGAUCUCGCUGAUGAGCAGCCUGGUGACGAAUGAGCGGGCCCCACCACCACCGAGGGACUUCCUAUCCCUCUCGAGGUCCUGCUCCCUCCCCGCUGGGGCUGGGCUCCACCAGCAGCAGCAGCAGCACCUCCAGGAUCAGCAGGAGCUACAGAUUGCGGCAUACCUCGAGUACCAAAGGAGGAGACACAUCGCUGAGUCUCAAUGGAGGCUGUUACUGGAGCAGAGGAUGGCUCGGGAGCGACCCAUACUGCCAUCCACCCUACAACACCUUCAGAUGGCACCGGCCCUGCAGCUACACCAACAGGUGAUGACUCCUGCACCGCAUAACCGGAACCAGCAGGUAAUGGUAUCACCUCUGAUGCUGCCCCAGCAACAGGUGAUGGCGGUGCAGCCACCGCCAUUGCACAACCACCAGCAGCAACUGCUGGCACAACCCGUCCCACUGCAAGAGCAGCAACAGCACCAGGUGUUUGUGUUGCCGGGAUCGCAGGGGGUACCGGUACCACUAAGCUCACUGAACAAUGUAGCGGCUGCUGCAGCCGCAUCCGUCACCACAAACCUGGCGCUGUAUCAGGCACUCAACAUGCCAGCUGAGGGUUCAAGCAACUCUGCAUCAGCACAAAUGGAUUUGGCCCUCGCUUUGGCUGCCAAUAGAGGCAAGCAGCCAAUGAUCACGAGGUCAGAAUAUGCUCCCCUAUACAUAUCCUCCUCUGGAUCUGGGUCGUUGAGCGACGGGAUGGCUCCAGCUGUGGAAGAUCUUGAUUCUGAAUCUGUGGCAAAGAGGAUGAGGCUUAUGAUAGACAAGGCACUGGCAGAUGGGGUCGACCUCAUGAGGCAGAUGCCCCCCGUGGCAUUCAGGGCCGGGAAUGAGAAGAGGACUGAAGGAUUUCUUUACCAGUACCGCAAGGGUGAGGUGAACAUUGUAUGCAGCUGCCAUGGGACAUUCCUGACCCCCACGGAAUUUGUGGAGCAUGCUGGUGGGGCUGAUGUGGACAACCCGAUGAAGCACAUCAUCGUCUGCUCAAACCCGGUUCAUUUCUAAGGAAGAGGGUUGAUUCAUAAACAUAGUUGGGGAAUUAUCAUUAUCAGAACUCUCUAUAUAUAUAAUUAAGGUUUUCUCAUAUAUAUAUAUAUAUAUAUAUUAGGUCUGAGAGAGCCGUGUCUCUCCUUAUGUUAAGGUUUGUGUCAUUUUGAUGCAUUGCAAGACUCUAGUUUGGAUCAUAUAUGGUGUAUUUGCGGCGCUCUAUAUAUAUACACACACAUAAACAUAUAUGUGUAUUUGUAUGUGUAUAUGUAUAUUUGCGGCGCUCUAUUAUGUAAUAUCAAUAUAUCUAUAUGAAUAUUCCCCCCUAG